GCUGGAAAGCAGAAGAGGCCCUCCUGAACCGCUUUACCAGGUCGGCUCCAAAUACAUCGGCUGGGUGUGACUUUGUAAAUGUACAGGCUGGUCCAAAACGUCUGUGCUCCAAUGUUCUGUCAUUUCUGAAGCUCAGGGAAAAAGAACGGAUUACUUCCCUAUUUUGACAGUUAUGAAAAGUUUUUAAACAUUAUUUCUUUAUGCAAUUUGGACAAAAAUUAGAUCUUGUUCAUCAGUUACAAUAUUGUUACAGAAAGAUUAUCUUUGGUCUUCAGGGUUAAACAAGAGAUUUUUUUCUAUCCACCAUCCAGAAAACCAAGACCAGAAGGCAAUAAAUGCACCUGCUUUCCAGGAGAGAUUGUUCAUUUUACCUUACAGAUGACGUCCAAAGAGGUUUUCAGAGCCAUUUUACAGCAACACUUCUGACCUCCAUCCUGGGAGCUGUACUCGGCCCGCUGCAGAUUGGCUACCAUACUGGCAACAUUAACGCACCAGCUAAGAUCAUUGAAGAGUUUUUCAACAGCACAUGGCGAGCCAGACACAACCAGUCAAUGACAGAUCACAGCCUGACUCUACUGUGGUCACUUUCUGUCAGCAUGAAGGACUUUGGAGCUUUGCUGGGGUCUCUGGGAGUUAAAUACCUGGCAGAUUCAUACGGCAGACGUAACUCCAUCCUGAUUGCUAACUGUCUGUCCGUGGCAGCAGCAUGUAUUAUGUUUGCGUCUAAGGGCAGUGAAUCAUUUGAAGUUCUCAUCCUGGGACGAAUGGUGUUUGGUCUGUUCUGCGGUCUUGUGAUGAGUCUCAACCCCCUUUACAUCCAGGAAGUGUCCCCAACCAAUCUGAGGGGAGCCUUUGCCACACUUAAUCAAGUGUCAUUAACCUUCGGGACCUUAAUAGGGAUGGUGGCUGGCCUGGAAACAACGCUGGGUACAGAGAGUAACUGGGCAAUGAUGCUGUCCCUGUCUCUAAUCCCCGCCCUAACACAGUAUCUGAUCCUGCCUUUCUGCCCUGAAAGCCCUCGCUACCUCCUGAUAAACCAGAGAAAGGAAAAGAAAGCAGAAGCUGCCCUGCUGAGACUGAGAGGUCAUCCUGACAAAGUGUCCCGUGAGCUGGAAGAAAUAAAGGAGGAGGCUGCACACACACAGACUGGCGUCACCAUCCGCGAUUUCCUCCAUAAACGGAGCUACAGGAAACCAAUCCUUAUUGUUCUCCUCAUUAACAUAGGAAGCCAGCUUUCUGGAUUCAAUGCAAUUAUCAACUACUCUACUAAGAUGUUUCAGGCCAACUUUGAUGAGGCCAAAUAUCUGACUCUAGGGGUGGGAGCUGUCAAUCUCAUCUUCACUUUAGUUGCUCUCUUCUAUGUGGAGAGGGCAGGAAGGAGGAAGUUGCUGCUGAUUGGCUUCCUCUCCAUAGGACUGUGCAAUUUACUUAUGACCAUCAUUGAUUCUGUUCUGCACCUGGUUCCAGAGCUACGGAACCUGCAGGUCCUGCUGGUGUUCUGUGUGGUAUCGGCUUACGAACUGGGUCCUGGUCCCAUCUCCUGGUUCAUUGCUGCCGAACUGUUCGACCAGCCUGGAAGACCUAUAGCCAUGGCCUUCACCAGCAUGGUCAACUGGGGAGGAAAGUUUUUGCUUGCGCUUCUCUUUCCUCCUUUACUGAAGCUCUGUGGGUCAUACGUCUACUUGAUUUUUAUGGCCGUGGCUCUGCUCGCCUUCGCCUUCAUGUGGCUCCGCCUCCCAGAGACAAAAGGCCGUACGUUUGAUGACAUUGCAGAGGAGUUCAGAGGAGCAGAAGGAAUCCCACUUCACAACAGCAGCGGGUUCAACACUUUUACCUGAAGAGCCACUCAUUUAUUCUCCAUGAUGAUCCAGGAAAAACCGAUAGAAUUUUAGCUCAGCCUGCCAAAAUAAGAAAUGUUUCUCAUAUGUUAAUAGAAUUUUAUAGAAUUAAUUUUAAUUUAUUCAUGUUUUGGAUAUUCUAUGGAGGUUCACCACACCUCAAAAAAAGCUCCUUUUCAUCAAAUAUCAAAUUUUCACUU